AUGUUUUCGCCGUUUAAAGAGUUCUCAUUUGGAUGUAAAAUCACUUUUCGUCUUUUUCUAAUCAUUUUAUCACUUCUUGUCAGUCACCAAUCGUUUCUGUUGGCUACACCCCGAUGCCAAGCACAGUAUCGGCCAUCAGAUCUCAUCAGCCCCCAAAGCUUCAUCUCUUAUAUCUGUUUCUUGGCACUGACAGCUGAGCCAACUGCCAAGCAAAGUUUUCAAUCUAUUCAUCUCUGCUUCCUUCCGGUCUUGCGCACUCCACCCUUUUAUCUCUUUACCCGAUUUCUCAUUGCUUUCUUCUCUAUCUCACUGUCUCUUUAUAUCUUUCUUUAUCUCUUUCUCUUUCUCUCUCUCUCUCUCUCUAUCUAUCUAUCUAUUUUUCGCUAUUAUUUUUCUCUUUUCCUCUCUUUCACUCUUUCCGAGUAUCUCUGUCUGUCUCCCUCAUUCAUUUACACUGUAUCGCUCACUGUCUCUCUGUCUCUCUUUCUCUUUCUUUUCUAUAUCUCUGUCUCACUCUUUCUCUCGUAUAAGCAACUCUUUUUUUCAAAACUCGCACACUCUCUCAUUGUCCCUCGCUCUUUUUUACUUUCACUCUGUAUCUGCCCCUCUUAUUUUUUUCUAUUUGCCUCUCUUUCUCUCUUUCUGCUUCUCCGUCUGUAUCUCUCUCUCUCUCUCUCUCUCUCUCUCUCUCUCUCUCAGUCCUUUAUUCUUAAUAUCUCCAUCGUUGUUUCUGCAUCUAUCUCUGUCUCAUUUCUCUCUUUCCCUCCCCCCUCUCUCUCUCACACAGCCUGUAUCAUUCUUGUCCUCCUUAUGUCACUCUAUAUAUAUUUCUCUAUAUCUCCCUGUCUCUCCUUUCCCUCUUGCAUUCCGCCACCUCUCUCUCUCUCUCUCCCUCUCUCUCUCUCUCUCUCUCUCUCUCUCCCUCUCUCUCUUGCUCACUCUCGUAUCUUACUCUCUCUCUCUCUCUCUCUCUCUCUCUCUCUCUCUAUCUAUCUAUCUAUCUAUCUAUCUAUCUCUCUAUCUAUAUAUAUAUAUAUAUAUAUUUUUUUUUUUUUUUUUUAA